CUAAAGAUGCCUGAAGGCGUUAUUUCGCGACCCCUAAUCUCGACGACGAUUCGCAGAAUUUUCAGCAAUAUCACAAUGUUCGCGGAGUUGGAAGAUGAGGUCGACUUGGAAAAUGUUUUGCAGCAGAUAUUCAUGGAUUGCGACGUAUCUGUGACAACCUCGACUCCGGAUUUGACGAACGGUGCGGUGCCGAUCUCUAGGAUCAUCGAGUACAUUCAGGAUGAAUUGCCAAACUGGUCAAUCGACAAUCUGGAGGAAUUAUGGAAGUGUUUAGUCGCCGUUUCGUCGAACGAAUGCGUGAGUUUGCAACAAUUCAAAGACGCGACAAAACGCUGGAUCACCAAGGUUCAGGAACAAGUUCAGUCUGUGCAGCACGACGAUAACAAUGGCCAGGAUAAACUCUACCUCGUGAACGACACAAACUCUUCAAUGAAAACCAUGGAUCUGACUAAUGAUAUCGUGGAAUUGGAGCUUCGAAAUAUGAAAUUUCGAGAACUCACUGAGGAAAACAAUAUUCUUCGCGACGAACUCGAACGACAUGAAAAAUCAAUCAACAAUCUCAAACAACAACACAGUAUUAUCGAAAAACAGCUAAAGCAUUAUGUUCACAAAUGUCAGCAAUUUGAAAAGGAGAAUGAUGAGCAAAGAGAUCAAUUAAAUGAAUUAAUUAAAAAUGAAAAGACUAUGACCUUGGCUCUUCAAAGAUAUACGAAAGAGCAUCAGAACUUGUUGAAACAAUUAGAAGCCGCAGAGAUUGAGAUACAGGCUAUACCAUCUUUAAAAGAAAAACUAGAGAAGAUCACCAAAGAGAAAACGGAGUGUUUGAAACUGAUCGUCAAAAUGCAAAAGGAAUCUGACGAGAAAGAAAACAAUUGCUGCGAAUUAAAAACUACAAUAACCGAACUCGAGGACACGAGUAUCAGCAUGAAAAAGGAUUAUGAAUAUAUGAUUCGUAAUCUGCGUGAAAAGAAUCGUAAGCUUACAGACGAAAAUGUGGAAUUGCAAUCAUUGUCGGCCCUUAACACAUGCUCUAUCGGAGAAAGACUCUCGCUAUCGCCAGUUUUGGACGAAGAUGAAUGCUACAUGCAUAGUACACCCUAUAAAUCGAUAAAAGUACCGAUGGAAGAUUCGUUGUAUUUGGAAUUGAAAGCUUCAGGUUUUACAGCUGACUACAGCAGAAGUAACAUACAAGAACUCGAGGAUGAACUAAAUGAAUACGAUGCCACAAUUAUUACGAUACUGGAACAGCUAGAAAAAGUUAUACAGUUUUUUGUUACGAUACGAGGCUCUAUCGACGACUUAUCUCGUUUUAAUCCGCAAGACACGGAUGCAAAAGAUCAUAAUAUCCAUAUAUUGAGGCACAAAACAUCUUUUCUACUAAAUAUGGCGACAGAAGAGAUCACGAGGAGAAACACGAGACAGGAUUCGAGUACACAGCUCCAAGUCGAACCGGUAAACAUAACCAGCAGUUUGGAGCAAUUUGGCGUCAGGAGUUUCCGGGAUGUGUUGUCAACGCACGCAAUGGACCGAUCAAUAUACACGUUGUCGUCGAACUUGCAAUCGCUACAAUCAUCCUCGCUAGCCGUGGAAGACUCGAGACAAAUAUUUGAUUAUCAAAAUCCUGAAACGAAUACUAUCAAUAUUCCGUUCGCGCGAGGAGACGGUCUAACGCAGGAAGACCACGACGAGAAAUCUGUGCUACUUACUGCGGAAGCACGCGAUAUUUCCAAAGAAAAUCCUGCCCAUUCCGAGGAAAAUCGAUCGAGUGAAAUGUCAAAGGUAUCAAGUAUUCUUAAAGUGGAUUCAAAGGCAUUGGCCAUAUCGGAGGAGAUAAAGUGGAAUUGCGCAAGUGAGCAAGUACCAGAAGUAAACAGCGCAAGCAAUCCAGCGAGUCCUCGCAGAAAAAUCUCGGUCUACUGCCGCCCGUUCGACGUCGUGGCGGUGCAAGAUACGCGCGAGGAUCAUCAUCAGGCAGCUAAUCUGGAAGCGAAGCAAUUGCUAAGUAAUCCACACAAGUCUCCCUCGCAAAUCAACAAGAUCGUCGACUUGGAACGAAAUAUGAUGAACUAUACGUUUAAUGGCGGUUACCGCAACAAAGAGAGCGACAGCGAUUCCACGAACUCCUCACCAGGAAAGCAAUUCCAGGAUAGUCUGCUAGAGGAUGAAUUGCCGAUCGAGCAAACGAUACUUAGAAAGAUUCAUUUAGCGCCCACGCGUUUAAGAUUUCCACUGGAAGCAAAAAACGAGUUACAUAGAAUCGCCGAAGCUUCCAACGGUGCUUCUUCCGUUUUAGUUAAUUUCACUGAAUUGGAUAUUUUGGACUCUUCUUCGUCUUCUAUCGGCGAACACAAGAAAGAUGACGACGUUUCCAUGCAUUCAUCUUCGACAUUUACAGACAAGUGUAAGGUGAAGAAUGUGGUAUUCGAAUCUACACCAUGUUUAAACAAGAAUGUUUCGCAAACACACUUAGUGCCUAAUCGCUGUCUAUUUUCCCGCGAUCGAACUGAUCCAGCGAAGAUCGUGGUUUCAAAGGAUCCCCACUCCUUGGCGUGCGUGCAAAGAAUCGACGAUGAGAGUCAGUCGCGAAUGGAACGGUUAGUCGAUAGCCAAAUGUCGAAUCGUGAGGACAGUUUAGCCGUUUCAGGCAACGGCGAAUGCAAACCGGCAACAGGGUCCAGUGAUCUAUGCAGCAUCAAUGAAGUUGCGAAUGAGGUCGACAAAGUCGUCAAUGUCGCGCCGUUUGGAUCGUUGAUCGAUUCGGUUUCUACAAAAGUAGUGUUGUACAAGAACGCGGUGCAAAGCGAUGAAAAAGCGCGCGAAAGAAACUUAUUGGAGACGAAACGAGAAAUACCACAGCUGGCUUUAAAUAUGAAAAGAUCAUAUUCGGAGGGCAAGAACCUCGACCAACUGGAAUGUCAUUGUACAAAAAAUGCAUCUUUGAUUCCGGAAAGUAGUCAGCAAAUGACAGUCUUCCCGAAUCUUACGGAUAUUUGUCUGCAGAAAACUGGAAUAACCAAUUUAUCGGACACUGAAUUAGUAAUCAGGGAGAAUUCAAGUGAGCUUGAACUGCAGAAGAAGUACACAUCGUUCUCGUUAUGCCUAUGCAUAGAUAGGUUAACUCUGCCACGAAGGACAGCGAUAUCGUUUCGACAACGCGAUCAAUCUGAGAAAAAUCUUUCUAAUGAAGUGCAGAAGAUGCAGCAGGAUAUUCAGGAACUCGCGCCACUAUGCACGGACAGGGAAUCCGUGGAGCGGGUGGAACGGGUCAGACGUCAAUUGGACAUGAUUGUGCGAUGUGCGCACAGAGUGUCCUGCGCGGCCGAGACUUUAGGCGCCGUGCAGCAGGAGCGUAGGGUAUCCCGAGCUGUUUUACUGGCCGAUAAAUACCUCCAAGUGCUGCAUUCCCGGUGCGAGAAACUGAUCACCAAUGUCGCCGAGACUAAACGGAUCCUGACAGAGAACAAUAUAGUGAUAGAGGAAAACGUCAGCGAGCUCAAUGAUGAACUGCCUCGUAUCAGAUACAGGAGCGGUACACCCGCCAAUAAUCGUAUGAUGAUGGCUAGGAGAAGAGCCAGCGUAGCCACAAUGUCUCGACCGAUGGGCAGCAUACAGGAUGUGACAAAGGACACUGUAAGGCAGCGAAAUUCCGUUUCCGGACGUAUGAUUCUCAGGAGACCAUCGUUUAGCUCCGAAUCCCCAAAGUGGGACAUCGAAAAACUAGAUCGUACCGAAAGUUCCAAUAGCAUUAGUGAGUUACGAGGUAUUUUCGAGCAGGCUGAGUCUCGUCAUAGCUCAAGAGAGGAAAAUAACAACAUGUUGCGAUUGAAUCAUUCUAAUGGUCAAAGUACAAUAAAUUGUGCGAUAAUCGAUAACGAGGUUUGGACGAACGUAAAGGAGGAAAUCUCUCCUGAAGUUUCUGACAACGAAAGUAUUAAUUCUGAGAGUAGAUCGAGCGCAAAAUCGUCGCAAUCCUUUCAGUUAAGAGGACCAAAAAGAAGAGUAUUAUCAGUAUGGUAUAUAAUGCUAUCGAGUAUUCUAAUUUUCUUCUUCGUAUUUUAUAUGAUUCAUGCAAUGUCAUUAAACGUUUACCAAGAACCGUUAAACAAACAGUUAAUCGGAUACGUUUUCGACAAAUGCGGUCAGAUAAGGAACGCGGCGCCUCAUCCAAUAUGACUUCCUUACGCGGUCUGAUUAGCUGUAUCAGUAAAAUAAGUAGCAAGAUUAAGUGUAUAUUGUAACAUAUGUCAAUUAUGGAAAGGCUGAAUAAAUUAAUAAUUGCAGAGUU